AUGUUGAAGUGGGCCCGUAUUCUCGGUGCUCUGAUCGUAACGUGGAACAUUGCCGACAUCAUCGCUGCUUUGUUGAUAUGCCGACCGCUCGCGAGGAAUUGGGACUUUACGUUACCAGGAACUUGCGGUAGUCAACCGGCGUUUUACUUCGCAAUGGGGCUCGUCAACCUCAUCAGGGAUGCCGUGAUCAUCGUAUUGCCAAUGCCAUAUCUCUACAACUUGCGGCUGGCUUGGCGCAAGAAGUUAGCCGCGAUGGCCCUACUCAGCAUUGGAACAGGAACCUGGGCCAUUACUAUAUACCGACAAGCGCUGCUGCCUGGCCUAGACUUCGCGGACAUGACGUACGGCGGUGUGCUUGCCACAAUCCUUUCCGGUCUCGAGCCUGCGGUCGCGAUCGCUCUGGCGUGCAUUCCCCUCAUGCGUCCUUUGUUCGGGAAGUCAAGGAAGAUCACCCACUCCAGCUAUCAGUACGGCAGUAGCAGGCAAACUAGUCUUUUUUCAAAGAAAGGAAGUGAAACACAUGGUCUCGACCCGACUGCCACGUUCUCCGAAUUGGUGGACAACAACGAUACUUCUUCGCAAGUUGAGCUGCAACCUAUCAAGCCUUCGCACAUGGUUCACGUCUCGUCUGUUUACAAGCACCAACAACAGCAGGUACUAGCCAGUCCAGACCACGCUAUCGCAGUUGAGAGGAAGUGGGAAGUAAGAAGAGACUGA